AUGUCCCACAACCUCGCACAAUGUCAGAGGCUUGUCAAAGGAGCUGUCGAGGCUGGAGCAAAGGCACUCUUCCUCCCUGAAGCGUCCGACUACAUAGCUUCCUCCGCCGCGGAAUCUGUAGGGCUCUGUCAGGAUGCCUCCAAAAGCCUAUUCGUCCGCGGACUUCAAAAAGCCGCAAGAGACAAUUCCUUGCUGAUCAAUGUUGGCAUCCACGAGCCGACCGAUCCACCGUCCAAGCGGAUCAAAAACACACUGAUCUGGAUUGAUAAAGAGGGGGAGAUUGCCCAUCGAUACCAGAAGCUACAUGUUUUUGAUAUUGAUCUCCGUCCGAACGGGCCGAAACUCAAAGAGAGCGAUGCCGUGGAGCCUGGCCAUGAGACUGUUCCACCAUAUCCCACCAUCCUGGGUAAGUUCGGUAGCUUGAUAUGCUUUGAUAUGCGGUUUCCCGAACCUGCGCUCCGACUGCGUCGUCAAGGGGCAGAAGGCCUGCUGUACCCGUCGGCUUUCACCGUCCCAACCGGGAAGCUUCACUGGGAGGUCAUCCUACGGUGCCGAGCAAUUGAGACGCAGAGUUGGGUUAUAGCCGCCGCCCAAUGUGGCAGACACAAUGAAAAGCGUGUCAGUUAUGGUGACACUAUCGUCAUCUCCCCCAACGGCCGCAUAGUCGGACGACUGGACCAUGUCGAGGACUUGGACGAUGAGAAAGAAGACGCGCGUGAGCCAGAUCUGCUCACUGUCGACAUCGAUUUGGAUGCGGUGAAAGAAGUCAGAAGAGGCAUCCCCCUGCUGAGGCGAACCGACGUCUAUCCCGAAAUAUAA